AUGGGGAGAUUACUCGAUCCUCGGGGGAAGAUCUUCAAAUCCAGAAUCGUUUCAAAAGAUGACUCUACGAAAGAAAACAGAAAGAAUCUGGAUAUUUUAUCAGGACCCAACGAGUUGAACACAAUUAUAGUUGAUGAUACAAAGCGUGUGUGGAAAAAGAAUAAAAAGAAUUUGAUAUGGAUUGAAAAGUACAACUACUUCACUGAAGGAGGCCAUUUUUUGAACAAGGAUGGUUCUGACGAUGAAGAUGGAGCCCUAGAAUCAGUCACUGAGAUUCUUCAAGUUGUUCACAAGAUGUUUUUUGAGUAUUAUCCCGUCCCAUCACCUGAUGAGCUUAAUGAAUAUAUCAAAUCUGUAGAUGCAAGACCCCUGCUUCAGGGGUUCUUGAACUAA